UUGCCGCCAGAACACAAUCUCUAUCUCAAACUAAAUAUUUCCUUCUCUAGUAUACAACAAUAAAUUAUUACCAAUAAAUAAUUAUUUUCCAUUAAAUGCGGACAUUAAAGCCAAUCUUGAACACACAACCCAAAUAACAGAAGAAAAAUUGCACUUUAUUUGACCUUAGCCACUAUCUAUUCUCUAACUGUUUACAAUCCUUUAACCUUAUAUUUAUUAGAGUACUAUAUUUGUUUUUAGAAUACUAUAUUUUAUACUUAAUAUAAGACACAUAUUUCAAAGCAGCGUAAACAUACAUGAGCGACAUAACUUCACUUAAAAGUCACCCCACAGAGUGACAAAAUGGGGAUCCGAGGCCUCACAACUUUUAUAAACAACCGAGCCCACUUGUACCUCCAAGACUACGAGCUGCACCACACCAAUGUCGUUAUAGACGGUAACGGGGUGGCCUCCCAUUUGUACAAAUGGCACUGUCGAAGCAAUGAUUGUUUUGGGGGUGAUUAUGAUAAGUUUGCCGCUGUUAUCCAUGGGUUUUUUAACAUGCUGGCACAGUGUAGCAUCAUACCUUAUGUUAUCUUAGAUGGAGGUUAUGAGAAGAGAAAACUUAAUACUGUUCUCAGUAGAAUGAGGAAUAAGGUUAUAGCAGCCGAAGGACUGAAUGCUGUUACUGAAGGGAGUGAAUCAGUGUUUCCAUUAUUUCUUAGAGAGGUUUUUGUGGAUAUCGUGCUCAGUUUAGGUGUAAAGGUUGCUAGGUGUGAUUUUGAAGGAGAUAUGGAGGUGGCUGGGAUUGCCAGGGCUCUGGACUGUCCGGUGAUAAGUUAUGAUUCAGAUUUUUAUAUUUUUGGAUGUUUGUACAUACCGUUUUCAACUAUUGAGCUUGUGGUUAAAAGGGGGAAAGAUGCUACAAGAACUGCAUAUUCUUAUCUCCCUUGUAAGAUUUACAGGGUAGAAAAUUUCUUGCAAGCAUUUGGGGGACUGGAUAAGAAUAAUUUGCCACUUUUAGCUGUUUUACUUGGCAAUGACUAUAUAAAAAGAAGUCUUUUUACACCUUUUUUUAGGAAUUUAAAAAUUCAAAAGUGCAGCGGUGUUGUGAGUGACCAACAAAAAAGGAUUAAAAGUGUUAUAGUUUGGCUGCAAAAUGAAGAGAACAUUGAGGAGGCAAUUAAGAAGGUCUUAAGUAGAUUUAAGGAUGGCAGAAGGAAAGUUGUUUUAAGGAAAAUCCAAGAGGCAAUGAAGUGCUAUUAUGAGAUGAAUUGUGAACUUUUAAAUUAUCUUGGAAUUAACAAGGGACCAAUUUCAUGUGUUGAUGUCAAUUUUGAUAAGUUAGAAGCCGCUGAGUAUAAUGAGGAUGAUAUCAGUGAUACUGGUGCAAGUAAUGACGAUAGUGAAAUUGAAGCAAAUAAAGAUGUUGAACUAGAAGAUGUACUCAAUAAAGAUACUCCUAAUCCAAGCAGUUUUCUAUCAGAAAUUUUCAAGAAAAACUAUAGAAACUGUCAAUAUCCAGCAAGUUUUAUGGAUAUGGUAACAAUGAGUAGAUACUACUGUGUACCACAAGUAGAAGUGAGCAGUUUCAAACAUUCUCACACAAUUUCCCUGGAUAUUUUAAACAUUAUUUUUAAAAUACUUACCCCUGAAUGUGAAAAAAGGUUAAAAAUUGUCUACAGAGCUGGAAAGAUUAGGGUGCAUUUUACUGCCCUAAACAGACCCAAUGUUUUUGUGCCUUCCCUAGAACAGAUUCAGAAAUACAACCAAGAGGAAAGACAGUUGCUUCUAUUGGAAUUACUUUCCAUAGAUAAAAAGUUUUUUGAAGUUUUUAAUAGUUUUCCGGUAGAAUGGCAUCUCUUAUUAAUAAGCCUUAAAUAUUACAUUGAAAAAACUUCUAUAGACAAGGCAUUAAUAUACUCUUGUCUCAUGUGCUUUAUAAUUUUACAAUACAUUGACAAAAAGAUCGGUUUUCAUAGAGUCUCAAAGACAUUUGACAAGAAAUUCACUGAAAAGUUGGAAAAAGCUAAAACCAACAACCAGUUUACUAACUUUGAAGCCUUCUCGUUCGACGACUGUUUAGUUUUUAUGAAUAAAAUGAUUAGUUCUUUCCAAAUGGAUGCCAAACUUAAAGGAAACUAUAGACUAUAUGAUAAGACUUUGGUCCACUCAACGUCAGAACUUCAAAGUGUCUUAUUACAUGUGAAAUAUUUAAAUUCCCUCUUAAACAAUCCAUUUCCAAUACUGGAGAUUCACCAAAUUUUUGAUGGGACAUUCAUUUAUAACAUGACAAUAAAUUUGAGGAAAAGGACUGAUAUCAUUGAUUAUUUAACAUUAUUCCUCAAAGAAUGCCCUUGCAUGCUUGAGUGCAUAAAAAAUGUAAUAAGUAAAGUUGAGGACGAUUUUGAUUGUGGCACCUACCUUGUAGGCAAUAUAAAGAAACCUAGGAAAAAGAAGAAGAAAAAGUCAGUGACUUUAGAGCAUAUUGAUAUGGAUAAAGAUGAGGAUUUGGAAGCAGACAUUGAUGGUCUGGUUGAUCCUAAUAAUCCCUAUUCAAUUUUGGCUGUUUUAUAGGAACAAAGGGAUUCAGGCUUAUGUCAUAAAAAAAGAAUGUGUUAUUUUUAAAAAUCUUGUUCCAUUAUAUUACAUUGUUAACCUUAAUACAUACAA